GCUCGACGGUUAAAGCGGCCGGCCAUGGACUCCGCGAGGAGCUGGGUGCUUGCCGCCGCCUGUUGUUGGAUCAACAUAUUUUCUUUCGCUAUGUUUCGCGCCGCACAGGUGAUCUACGUCGGCAUCAUGACGACCUACCACGUGACCCGACAGCAGGCUGCGUGGCCACUGUUCAUCACAGGCGUGAUUUACUCUGCCGCCGCCCUGGGGUCCGGACUUCUAGCGAGACGCGUGGCAGUAUGGAAGCUGACCUUGACGGGGUGCCUUCUAAGCUCUCUGUCCGUUUCUGUCUGCAUCUUCGCAAACGGGAUUCCAUACCUCUCAUUCUUCUUGGGCGUUGCACAUGGUUGCGGCAUAGCCCUUUUGACAUUGUGCUACACAGUGAUCAGUCAACACUUUCUCCGCUACCGAACCGUCGCAUCUGGGAUUAGCAAUGCCGGCGUCACCUUGGGUAGCUUCCUCUACCCACCGCUUGUGCAGUUCUUUUUCGACGAGUAUGGCACAAGGGGAGGCUUGCUGCUCUGCGGUGGCGUCAUGCUCAACGCUAUUGCUGGCGCACUUCUCCACCGGCUGCCGCCUACUCCACAACAAAAGCCAGUUGCCUCAUUUGGUAACGCUUCACCACGCCUGGAUUGCCCGAUGAAUCACGAUACAAGCAGAAUAAUCCCGCAAGACAUUUCACUCAAAAGGAGCCCCAACAUAUCCCCAAACGAUGAACUGUUUGCAAGUGAGGUGGGUGAUUGCUUGGAAGAGAAACACCUCACCGCUUGCACAGAUCUCGCAGACGCUGAAGUAGCAAGCCAUCUCCUCAAAAAGGGUGAUGCAAAGUCUCUACGACAGGUGGGCGUACCCGAUGAUAGGUGCAUGAUGGUGGAAGGUUCGCUGCUGAAACAACAUGACGGAGCAUCUAAGCCCAUCCCGGUGAAAGUGAAUACUGGCCUGGUAUCCUUCCUCUGGAUUCCCAAAUUCUACCUAAUCACUUUUUCGCAGGCACAAAUUGUGACAAACAUGUUCACUUACUUAACAGUCAUAGUGGACUUGGCGAUGGACAGAAACAUUCCCAAGUGGGACGCUGUCUUCCUGUUGUUCUUUUACGCAACGGCAGAUUUGUUGGCGAGGAUAGGAUCGGGAUCGGGCUGGAUCACGGACAGAGGCACGCUGAAGAGGAGCAUAAUGAUGGCCUUGAACUUUCUGCUCUGGUCCACAUCACUGUUCCUGAUGCCCCUCUGCUAUUCCUUUUAUCUUCAUGCUCUGUUGUCCCUUUUGGCGGGCUGGUGCAAUGGCGCCACCUUUAUCAUAAUACCGGUGCUCCUCAUGGAACAUGUGGGCGUCGAAAAGCUCAGUGUGUGCUUUGGUACAUCGUGCAUUCUGUGCGGGCCCCCACUUCUGGUGACACCUUGGAUGAUUGGUUACUUUAGAGACACCCUUGGAAACUACCAAGGACUAUUUUUUCUUCUUGGGGGCCUAACCUUCUUCACUGGCUUAAUAUGGUUGUGGUCUUUUUCUCAUGAGAAGGCAAAGAGGGUUUAG